UAAGGAGACUUCCUUUAAAGAAUUGUUGAUGGCUUGACUCGCCCCAAAAAAGCACUUCUUUAGUGAUUUUUAUAUAAAUUACCCUGGUUUUCCAAGGGAUAAGUACGUUUAAUCCAUAGGAAAGUUUCUCGUCAAAAACCUUUGUGGGGAAACCCUUCUAAGUGGAAACAUUCACGUGGAUGCUUCCUUCUUUCAUCAAAACAUGCCGGGAAUUGUUGUGUUUAGGCGUCGCUGGAUGGUUGCAAGCGAUGAUUUGGUUAUUCCGUUUGGAAUUGCUUUCGUCCUCAGAGGAAUAUGGAUGAUUGUAUUGUCAUUAGCUGUUGGUAUCUAUCAUGGCUUUUACCACCUGCACCAAGCUGACAAAGAAGACCAACAUAUUUGUGAACAGACCCUAGAUUAUUUUAUGGGAGGCUACUUAGCCCUUCUUUUUGCAACAAAUAUUAUGGAACUUUCCAUUGCGUGGAUGAGUGGAAAGGGGUCCAUCAUGGACACUGAACCUCGAAAUCUAAUACCACAACUUCUCUAUGUUCGUCUUGUCCUUGCUAUCUUGGAAGUCCUAUGGCUUUCAAUAGGAAUAAAAUGGAUAUUUAUUGAUGGCACAACAUGUGAAUUGACUCAUGAGAUUUAUAUUUCAAGAGCAAUUGUGAUUUUCAACUGGCUGUUUUUAUUUACAGUUAUGGUUAUUAUAUAUUGUAUAUUUGACUCUGCUGGGAAAAUGUGGGUUGAUUUUAAUGAGGCACAGCUAACAGGAGAUAGUUUAGAUGCUUCAGUCAGUUAUGGUAACCACAUCAUGCGCAAAUAUGAAAAACGUUGGGAAGGAUGCUUCAAGCGAUGUUUUUGUUGCUCUGGAGUAGGACAAGGAGAUGAUAAUGUCUUUACCUUUAUUGGAAGGAAGCUUGCAGAAUAUUUCCAAGAUUUGGAUGUUGUUCCAUCAGACUUUGCAGCUGGACUUGUUUUGCUAAGAAAGUAUCAGAAACAACAAGAACACUAUGCCCUGAUGAAGGCAAUUGAGCAACAACAAGUUCUAGAUUCUCAGAAAGGUGUCAAAAAGUCAUCACUACGCUUUCAAAGAACAAACACAUCUAGAGCACUGAACCUCAAAGACAAGAAAGAACUGCUUCUAUUCAAGGAUGUUGUUUACUACAUGAACUAUGCAUUGUCUGCUUAUGGUUGGCCAAUUUACAUGAAGAACAAUGUAGCUUGUGGAUGUUGCAAGCUCUUAAAAAGUUUCAGGUGUUGCUAUCCAUGUCGUCAUCCAGACCCCAGGUCACAAAAGUUUGUUGACAUUGAAAGUGACAACUGCUGCCGAUGUAAUUACUCAGCCUUAAAGAGGAUAGCUAACAUUCACAACAGUGAUGUCAUUUAUGUCAGCUAUCACAACAAACUCUUUGAAACACCUUUCUUUGUGAGUGUGGAUCAUGUUAAAAAAGCCAUCGUAGUCACAAUCAGGGGAACUUUGUCACUUCAGGAUAUCCUUACAGAUUUCUCCGUUGAGCCAGAAAAAAUUCCCUUGGAUGAUGGAGAUCCAACUUGGUUUGGACACAAGGGCAUGAUAAGAGCUGCCCUCUACCUCAAGAAAAAAUUGGAGACUGGCUAUUUAGCUCAAGCUUUUCAUUCUGAUCCGGAGAGGCACACUGAAUUGUAUCGCCUCAUUGUGGUCGGUCACUCACUCGGUGCUGGGACAGCAGCUAUUCUGGCCAUGUUACUGCGACCGUCUUACCCGGAUCUUUUUUGUUAUGCCUUCUCACCACCCGGAGCCACCUUGAGUCUACCGGCGGCAAAGUAUGUCCGUGAUUUUGUCAUCUCAGUCGUCAUUGGGAAAGAUAUGAUUCCAAGAUUGAGUCUUUACACUAUGGAGGAUCUUCGGAACAAGAUAAUGGCCGUGAUAAAAUAUUCCACCACUCCAAAGUGGAAGAUUUUACGUGGAUGCGUUUGCCGUUGUGCAUUCGUGUGCUGUUAUGGGUGCAGAUGUGUCAACUGUGAUGCUCAGCUACGAGACAGUGAGGCAGACUGGGAACACUUCCAGUUGCCUAACAACAAGAACUCUCAGACACCACCAUUCUUUCCACCUGGAAGAGUAAUUCACGUGGUCAAAACUGUGUCCGUUCCAGGCCGAUGCGGUCGGAAGGGGACCAUAUUCGAACCGGUUUGGGCUGACUUACAGGACUUCCAGACGAUUCAAAUCUCAGGCCUUAUGUGGGAGGACCACAUGCCAGACUUUGUUCUAAAGGCGCUAAAUCAGUGCCUUCCCUCCAAGGAACAGGAAGAGAGUGUUCUUUCAGCCCCAGAUCCACCAUUUCCUAACGUACUAGAGGUCCCUCCUACAGGAUUUGUGGAGCCUAAUCACUUUCAUAAGCAAAAUAAUCACAUUGCGUCAAGAUCACUUCGAGAAGCGAAUGCGGUCUAUGAUACAGAUGACGAAGUACUCGAGAGAGUUAUUUCUACUGACUCGCUGGCGUUGGAACUGAAUCACCCCUUAUGGCGGGUAGCUGCGCUGUCUUCAGAGUCACGUAGAGCACCGAUUGCGCGCCCGGAAAGCGGCUUUGAGGAUUCCGAUUUAGAAGAAAGUGCACCAUCUUCGCGGGUUUCCGCCACCUGGGCUAAUUACAUACUUCCUUCUGUCCAGCAAAGCACUGAUAACGUUGUCAUAGACAUUCAUCCGCGUCCUCGCGCGAACACAGACCUUUCUGAGUCACCAACCUCAGAAAGAUUCACGAAACUUUAUAACGAUACAAGUAAGGCUACCUCUUCUGGUUCAAUUUCGACAAAUAUUUCUUGUACGCCCCGAUCAAACGGGGCUCCACCUCCUAAACCUCCACGAACAUUCGAGACAGAAAGGUCCGAGGGGAGGCAGAGUUUCAGAUAUAAACCGCCGCCGAAGCCGCCGCGAACUUACGAGUACGACUCUCAAAUUCAAGCGAACUUUUCUUCAUCUUUGUAUUGGAAUUUUCCUCGUCCACGAGCACAACGGUAUCAGACUCAGUUUUCGUCUCCAGAUCUGGACGGAAGUAAUCUUUCCUCUGACUCGUUGGAUGGAAAAGAAUCUGGAGAAAUACUUCCUCCUUAUAGUCCACAUCGUAAACAAAAACAGUUUACUUUUCGGAUAAUCAACGACCAUGUGAACGGUGACCUUGAACACAAUAGAGAAAAUUCCUCUUUCUCUAAACAAAGUUGUCAUUUAAAUGGCGAUGCUAUCCGGAGACCGAAGGCACGGUCGAUUGAGUCAUCGGGCCCCGAGUCUCGGUUUUCGGUUUCGGAUUCGGGUCUUCAUAUUUCACAAGAAGAGGAAUUCUUACUAGGAUCUGUUAAACCGCGCGGGGGAAGGCGAAAAAGAAAGCCGAUUAAACAAGCCACUUCAGAGAUACUCCAGCACUCAUGCUCCACCGCAGACCAGCCUCUGACCACGCGAAGAACUGAUGCGAAUUUUUUAGAGACCACUUUAUAGCAUAGCUGGAAGUUAUGGGGAUUUGUAAGUUGUAAAGCCUUAGUUUGCACAUGAAGGGAAGUCCCGUUUGUCUACUCCCUUGGUUUAGUUUUAGUGGAGAGAGAGGUUAACAAUAGUUGUGAAAUAUUUUAAAUUAUUAUGAUAAGUAACAUUAUGACAUACCAUUUGAAACAAACCCUAGACAAGAGCUUAAACAAAGUUUACAUUUUUACGUUUGUUACAAAUUUAAAUAAGCUUUGUGGCGGAACUCAGCCAGAAAGGUCUAGUUAGUUCUUCGAAUGGCCGUUACUUUUGCAAGUCAUGUAGAACAGGGUGCCUGCAGAGUAUUGGGAAAUUCCUUUCUUUCUUUGUGAUGAUUUGAGUUUCCUGACCAUUGCCAUUUUUGAGAGAAAUCGUAAUUUAAGUAUUUAUGUAUAGACUUACGUGAAACUGACUGGCUUGCGAUGAUUCAUCGGGCUUAAAUUCCUUUUAAACACACUGAAGAAUUUCCCUUUUGAAAAAUUUAUUACAAUAGCGGCUCCUUAUUGGCCAGCUAGUCUGAACUUUCUAAACGAGUUACUGACCGACAUGAAAGCGCUCUUACUCAACUGAUACAAAUUAUAACCUUACGAACUGCAAUAUAACUGCUCCAACAAAGCAUAUGCAAAAAGCGCGGGAAAACCCCUUCAGCCAAUAACUUUUGGCCUUUUACUAUGAUCGGUUGUAAAAAUGAUUCUUUCAGAUCUUUUUGAAGUAAUUUUAAUCAAUGAAUUAGAGCCUUUUAUUUAAGAAUUGUUAUUUAUUUCAGAUGUAUCUAGUAUGUAUUGAAACUUUAUGAGAAAAACCAAGAUAUACAUAAUAUAUAAGUUAAAUUGGAGUUUAAAUUCAAGAGAUAUGAGCUAUAAAUAUUAAUUAUUGCCUUAGUGUUUUUAUUUGGCGGUUUUUGCCGCAGCUUUGUUCGUUACUUAAAAUUUUUUUUAACAUUUAUUUUAUUCUAUUAUCAGUACUUUUUUUGUAAAUAUUUCCACAGUGCUUUUCAUUUCACGCUGUGCUUUAACUCGAAGAGAUAUGGGUAAAAAAUAUUAUUGAUAGAUAUAGAUAGUAGCUGUAGAUUCAAAGUUAUUGCAUUGCAUGCACAAAUGAUGAUUAAAAAAUGAUUAUAAUUAAACUUGAAUUACAAGGAGAUGAAAGGUUCCAUAAAUUCCCAUGCUAUGAUUCAGAGGUCCUGUGUUUUUCUAAUCAAGCGUCAUAUUUCUAAAUUUACGGAGUGCUUAAUCUAAAAAUGUACUCAUUGGAAACAUUUCGUUAUGGCUGUUGUUUUGUCUUCUUUGCCAAAUUUAAGCAGUGAGAGGUCAGCACCA